CCUGGGUGUAAUCAGCAGUUUCCUGUACUUCGGUGUGAAGCAUUGACUUGCUCAAGAGGAACACUUCAAUUUUUUUCAAAGUCUGAAAUGCGUUUAGCACUAUCUGUAUUACUGAUUGUCUUCGUGGCCCUUGCAGCCACAACCGAGAAAGUAGAAGACAACUACUACCCACUGCAUUAUGGGCAGAACAUGCUGGUGGGACCAAGAUUUUUAAUAACUUCAACUACUACGACGACCACUGUUACGGUGUCGACUUCUGUCAUCCCUUGUACCUCGGGUGCAUUUGGUGGGCUUGCUGAUGCUGCCGCCGUAGCAGCCUUGAAUCCUUGUUCUGGUCGUCGAAGAAGAGGUAUUCUUGAAUUACUUGAUGAAGAAAACGACGAGCAAUUUUCCAUUGCUCCUUCUGUUGUACAACGAGUCGAGGCAACUCAAGUACCAAACAACAGAGAGACACGCGCUGCUGAUCCGCAAUAUUUCGUGGUGUCUCCGUUUGGCCACUCUUACUACCCUCAAGAAAUUCAAUCUGGUUUCUAUGGAACCCCGUACAACUACGGAUCUGUUCCAUUGCCUUACUAUGGCUCAUACGCACAACCUGCUGCUGGAAAUCGCAUUUUCUUAAGCACUAUUUUGCAAGCGGUUCUCCCACCAUUUUUGAAGCAGACUUCCACGGUUACGGUAACAUCAACUUCAUUUACUGUCAGCACUUCCACCUCGGUUGCAACCUGCAGACCGCCACCCGCAGCUCUUCGAUGCCCAGGCACGUAAUGAUUUUUUUCCUUGCCCUAUGUUGAUGGCGAUGUUCAAUAUAUCGACCAAGCGCAUGCUGGCUCUGGAGAAUUCAAACUGAAGAAUCCCGUACCAUAUUAUUUAAUAUUUUUUCCUUAAAGUAGUAACUUUCUGUCUUUGUUAAAUUCAAUACAUUUUCUGCAAGAACAAAA